GCUGGUGCGCCGGUUUGCCUGGAGACAUGCGCAAACUGGCGUCGUUUUGGUGCUUCCCCGUGCUGCGCGCUCUUGUCAGCCCAGCGCCGCGUGUGCGGUCGAAGGCCUGACUCGAUAAUCCGGCUCAACAUCCCGUGGCUCGCCGCCGAUGCACACAAGGCUGAGCUGAACUCGGAAGCAAAGGCAUUCUUGGACUCGCAGCUCGGCCAGAUGAUCAAGCAAUUGACGCGGAUGACUCAGCAGCACCAGCACGUGUAUGCGGCGCGCGUCUGGGGCAUGCUGGUGACUGUGUGCGCGAAGCAUAUCCGGCCACGCAUCAACGAAAUGCUGAGGGUGAUCCAGGAGUGCUUUAAUUCGGCAGACCCGCAAGUACUGGUCGCGGCGCUGAUGCAGUGGCGGUGUCUGGUAUAUGCGUUUCAGUGGGAGGGCCGUGUAGGGUUCAAAAAGUGCGUUCAACUGAUUAUGACACCAAUCGUGUCCAUUCUGAGCAACAAGGAAUCGGCAGUGGAGGUUCGCUUGGCAUGCGUGCGGUGCUGGGCGACGUUGGUAUAUGCGUUAGGCGACGGUGUAGCCACACACACCGAAACACUGAUCAAGCCGAUCACAAAGGCUGUUGUUGCGGAUGGUAGCAUCGAGGUCAUGGAGGUCGUUGCACGAGUGCUGACGGCGCUGCUAAACCAGUUCGUGCUGUCCCCGGAUAAGAUCCCAAAGUUUGUUGUCUCCCCGAUGAUCAUUGGUACGACGACUCUAGCAGCAGGCGAUGGCAAGAGCUUGGCCGAAACCCAUGGCCCGUUCUCAUCUGUGGACGAGUUCACUAAAGGCGACAAUACCCAGGUGCUAGGCCAGUAUGUGGUCGGCGUUCCAGUCGAGUCGGCAAGCGGGAUUGUGCCGAUAGUUAUCGAAUAUAUCGGUGGGUAUAUCGCUGCGUUGUGCUCCGGCGAGUUCCACGAUGCCUACUGGUGGAUUGCCGUCGUUCGUAUGCUUGUGUGAUGCUGUUUGCACAUCUCUAAACGCGCUUGAUAAACGAUACGAAUGAGGAUAUCAGCUUCGUAUCUAGCGUCGAUAUGGUCGGUUUUUGUCACCACUGCACCUAUUUGUCCGGGUCAGGAGCCAU